AUGGUAACAUAUGAAAUUUUAGUAGACGAUGAAAAGCGCAGUAUAUAUGAUCGAUACGGUGAAGAAGGGUUGAAGGGGGAAAAACAACAUAAUCCAUUUGAUAUAUUCGCGCAGUUCUUUGGCGGAUCAGGACAUUUUGGUCACCAAAAGACUGAACAAAAAGGGCCAAACAUAUCAAUAGAUCUGGAAGUGGAUCUUAAAGAAAUAUAUCUGGGCACGAAAUUUGAUAUCGACGUGUCGAAACAAGUCAUUUGUGAACAUUGUGGUGGGUCGGGCGCAAAAAAUGCAAAUGACGUCGUUAAAUGUAGCGCAUGUGAUGGUCGUGGCAUGAAAUAUGUAAAACAGAUUAUGGGCGCGAAUAUAUUUCAGAUACAAACAACGUGUGAUGUAUGUGGUGGUAAAGGUAAAAUCGUGAAAACAAAAUGUCCACAUUGUCAAGGGAAGAAAGUUCGAAGAGGAAGCGAACAAUUGACGGUGAAUAUCGAAAAGGGAAUGGCAGAAGGAGAAAGAAUUAUAUAUGAGAAAGAAGGAGAUGAAUCACCGGAUAUAAUACCAGGAGAUAUAAUACUCACUUUAAAAACAAUACCACAUCCAGUUUUUGUGCGGAAGGGAGAUAACUUAUAUACUAAAGAAACCGUCACUUUGUUAGAGGCAUUAACAGGAUUCGAAAAAAAUAUUACACAUCUCGAUGACCGAAUUGUCACAAUACGGCGUGAUAAAGUGACACGUCCCGGGUUUGUCGAGGUGAUUGCCGGAGAAGGAAUGCCGCGGUACAAGUCAAAAAAUCAACAUGGAAAUUUGUAUGUCGAGUUUACAGUAUUGUUUCCUACGUCUUUGGAUGAGGAAGUUAAAAUUGUGGGUGAACAAAAGUUUACGUUUGAAAUGAUCAGCACGUCAACUUUCCAAAAGAUUAUCUGGGUUCAAAUUGCAAUUGUGUCCCCGAAUAUAGUGAUAAAUUAA